AAAUCAAACCGUGCCCCAGCUUCAGAGAUCCGACAAAGUGCGUGGCAGAGAAGAAACAAAACAGAGCUGCGGCGGCCGGAGUAAGAAUGGAGUUUCAGAAAUCGAUUCCCGGCGGAGGCGGGUUUCCGAGGGACAAGAAAAGGCAGAGGAAAACGAAGGAGGUGAAGGUGGUUUACAUUUCGUCGCCGAUGAAAGUGAAGACGAGCGCGUCCAGGUUCCGGUCGCUCGUCCAGCAGCUCACCGGACGCCACUCCGACAUCGCCCGGAUCAUGGAGACCAACGGCGCCACCGAUUUUUCGGAUGAUAUAUUUCUGGGAGAUGGUGGUGAUCACGACCGAUCGCCGCCGCAGCCGUCUUUCUUUCAGGCCCCGAUGAUGGCGAGUCCGGCCGUCGAUGAUGAGUCGCCGACGAGCUCGGUGGAUGAGCAAUUGGACGCGAUGUUUCCGAUGGAUUGGUUUCUUAACCUCAAUUCUUUCGAAUUGGAUGAGGAUGAUGUUCUUGGUAGCUAUGAUGCCCUGUAAAUAUGCAUUUCUGUUUUUAUUGUAUAACCUCCCACACUCAAUUUUUCAUCACUAUAUAGUACUCCGUAUAUAUAUAUAGAUAGAUAGAUUUUAGAUUGAUUUCUACAGCAUUGUUUUUGUUCAUUUUACAUAUCUAUCCAUUAAUUAAUCUAGUAUUCUCUUCGCUUGAAGCCUUGAAUGUUUCCAUUUUAGAUAUUUGAUUGAUUGAUUCUAUUUUUCUACUUCGACUGUGUUGAUUUCUGUAUUCUAUAACAAGAAACUUCUAU